AGGUGAGGCCCUCCUGACCAGCACUGAGCGGCUGCAGAUGACGCCGUCGCCCUCGCACGUGAGCCUCCUCCUGCGUCUGCGCGUGCGUCGCCUGUCAACGAGCGGUUCGGUGGUGCAGUCGGGCGUCCUUGAGACGGCAGACGGAAGCUAUCUCGAGCACCUCUCUCUCUUCUAUGGCGGCUGCGGAGAGCGCGCCACCCGCCUCUACCAGUUCUUGCACACUCUUGGCAACCUCACCUACCUCAAUUGCACCGACUUCUGCAACAACCACAUGAUCGACAUCGUGGCCAGAACCUGCGACCACCUCCACUGCAUCGACCUUCGAGGCUGCUACGACGUCAACGAUGACGGCGUACUGCGGCUGUGCGGGCUGGAGGACGGCCUCCGCGACAUCAUCGAGGUCCUGAGCAAAGGCGGGAGGCUGCAGCCGAGCUCGCGCUGCUCGCGGUCCCUCAAGGAGAUCAAAUUCUCCAUGACGAAGGUGACGGAAGCAGGCGUGGCUGUCAUUCUGCUCGUUCUCACCAAUAUUGAGAUUCUGCGAGUUCCGGACAUCAAGAUGGAGAAGGUUUUCAAGUUCUUGCAGACGCUUGAUCAUAAAAAUGUUCAAUGCAAUCUUAAAGAAUUUCAUUCGCGUGAAAUUCUUAAUGAAUUCCAAUUGACGGUCCUCACGAGCCUCUGCCCGAACCUGGAAUACAUCCAAGUCUCGUUUAUCGGAAAUUCGGAAAUGGACCUGUCGCGGCUUCAGCAGCUGACUCGUCUUCAGAAGCUCCGGCGCGCAAAGUUCGCUGACGUGAACUGCGAUGCGCUAGUGUGGUUCCUGGAGCAGGUCGGCGGCCGCAUGACGCACCUCUUCCUCUACACGUACCACACGCGCUUCGCGCAGCAGAAGCUGAGCAUCACUCGCAACCACCUGCAGUGCCUCGCUCAGUAUUGCCCGAGUCUGGAGAGCCUCUGCUUGGACGGCUACCUGCUGGGGGAGGACAUCCCGUACCACCUGGCACCCGAGAACAUCCAGUACUUCAAGACCCUCCGAACCCUCCAGGUGGCUUCCAUGAAACUUUCCGAGGACGACCUGAAGGUGUUCCUCAACAAAUGCCAAAACAUGCGGAUUCUGGAGCUCGUCCUUCAGAAUCCACAUGUUCUGUACGACCGCCUUAUCUGCCAGCUCCUGGACGCGGGUGUCUGGGAAAACCUUGUCAAAAUCCGUGUCCUCAACUCGCCGAUCACGAGUAAGGUGAUGACCCGCUUGGUUACAGAGUGUCCGCACCUGCAGGAGGUCGGCUGCCUCUACACCUGGCUCGUCUCUAAAGAACAGGUGUCCGAGUUCAAGGAAAAAAUUCGGCACCAGAAUUUUGAUAUCGAAAUCUACUGACGGUGAGUACGCGCUCCGUGCGUGCUACUCCCCGCUGUUCUCUUGCAAAAAUGUUUCAUUUGUGAUGACGCUUGCUGCAUACCACACGCAAGGUACGAAGUGAUAUGCUGUUUACGAGUGUGAUUGCCAAUUCCCUGGCGGCCAAAGGAAAUGUUAGGAACCCCAAGACUGUCUGAACACCUGAGCCAAAACGCGCAGAUGCUGUCUUCUGCUGCAUUUUAGAUGUCUGUGUAAGAUCAGUAGGAGUUGCGUGAAGGUGAACGGAAAUCAAGGAAUAUUUUCCUCCCCCAAGAAAGACAUGUUGAAGUGACCUGAUUUUUGCUUUAAUAUCGAAUCUAUUUAUUCUUUGAAAAAGUUCAAAAUGUUUUUAAUAUAUCUUUAUACAACCUACACUCACGGUAUCCGGACAACGGCCACAGCUAGCAACAAUGUGGUGAGAAAAACGCCAAGAAGGACAUUGAUAUCCUGCCAGGCUCGACCUCUACCCCUGGUGCUAACAGAGGGACGAAGCAGCUGGAAAUGUUGGUGUUUCAGUGCUCAAGAUAUUUACAUGUAGCAGGUGAUACUGCGUUUAUGAAUUUCAUUUUGGCAUUUUGUCAAGCGGCAGGCGAUCGACCUCAUUUGCUGGAGGGAGACUAACCCUGCUCUCCUUAAGUAUUCCUACCCUGUACCAUUCAGGUAGCGGCUACUUUAAGGCCCGACCACUAAAAGAUCAGACAUAUCGGACCUAUCCGUCUGCUUUUCACUGACUUAGGCAUCAGAUCAAAGGGCUUUAGCCAAGGUCAAAGAAGGUUUGAGGCGGAGUAAGGAUAAAGAAAAAAAUACAGAGCAAGGGAUAUCCGUGUGUGAUCGAACAACCUGCCAACUUAGUCCGUUGGCCGGGCUCAAGUUGGAGACUGCCAAAGCUAAGGAGCCUCGACUUUGCUCUCUUUAGUUAGUCCUCCCACAGGAAUUCGGAAUUCAACACGAUUGCAUUUUGUUUUCUCAUGGAACUCCAGGAAAACAAUUUAUUGCAGAGUUGUCAUUUGUUAUGUUUGAGUUAAUACUUUUCCAUGAAAACAGCCACGCUAAAACAUGAAACCUAGCAAUCGCCCAACUUUUGACGCAGCCUGUGUAGGGGACUGGUAGGAUGUCUCAGAAUUUAUAUUAUAUUAAUAUAAAAGCCUAUGUUGUACUAUUGAGUGCAAAACUUAAACUAGUUUUCACUCCAUUUUGGAAUAGUUUUCAGAUUGUUGACAACGUGUUUAUUUUGAGAUGUAUCGUAUAUCUUGUCUGUAAGUCGUAAGAUGUUGUCUAAAAAUACCAUUUCAUCAGCCAGUUCAUUCAGCAUUACUCAUACUAGGCGAGUCCAAAAUCAUGCAUAUUCGACCCUUGUUAUUACACGCACUAACGUUCAAACUCAAGAGUAAGUUAUAAUACUGCAGUCUGCCGAAGUGGAAUGUGUGCCCAAAAGAAACGUUACUUUAUAAAUUGAAGAGUAAUUAGCUUGAAUGUUUAUUUGUAGUUCUUGGGUCUGCAAUUUCCCUUAAAUAAGCAGAGUUUCUACGACAUUUGUAAUAACAUUUGGUCGCGUCACCCAAGUACCUGUGCUCAGUCCGCCCUCAGCUGUCAUGAUCACAUUAGAAUCUACGGUAGUGUUAUUUUGAGUGUGAUUCAAUAUUUAUUCACCUGACUAAAAUCACUUAGUGUCUCGUUCAUUACGGCAGAGAGUGAGGAACCUGUUUAGUACCAGAGAAUAUUACUAUUUUGACAAUGUAUCUUAGACUAAAGCUAGUCAGUUUGCGACCGCCUCUGCGGCAUACUCAAGUGCCAGCUGAAGCCAGAGAAUAUGUAUAAUCCUUUUGCUCUUUCAUGAGCAUGGUUUUUGCAUGUUUAAAGGGUGGAAGCGAGCCGACGCGAUGCCAAAGGAGUUUAUUUCAGUCAGUUAAAAUAGGAAGAGAAAGGAACAAGCUCUCGGAGGCGCGAGAGACGCUUCCCGGGAUGGUCCUUGUGUCGAUUUAUCCAAUUUUGUCUUUCACGCAGUUGUGACUUGUUUCUGAAUAAAUAGUUGAUUUUUUCAUUAC